CCGGGAGAGCCGCGGCCACACCGCCCGCUGGGACUGGGCCGAGCCGCGCUGAGCCGAGCCGGGCCGGGCCAUGGCCCCGCCGGGUCCCGGGGCGCUGCGCUGCGCGCUCCUGUGCGCGCUGCUCUGCGCGCAGGGACCCGCUCCCACCCGCGCAGGAGAGUGUGGCGAGCUGAGGUCCUGUGAGACAUGUACGGCUGUCACCCCCUCACACAACACCACCAGCUGCGUCUGGGUGGGCUGCGGGACCCCUGAGGAGCCAGAAACAGGGAGCUGUGUGCAGAGAGGAGCAGCAACAAGGGAGACUUGUGCACUCUACAACACCAGCACGCUGUGCCGAGCUCUGAAGUCCCCCACAGAAGAGCCUCCACAGUCCCACAGCAAGGAGCCAGUGACACACUCCACAAGGACCACCACCACUAGUGCCCCGCUGACGGGCAGCCCCGAGUUCCACCCGCCCGGCUUCGACACAGCCAGUUUCAUCGGCGGCAUCGUGCUGGUGCUGAGCAUCCAGGCCGUUGUCUUCUUCGUCAUCAAGUUCAUCAAGUCAAAGGACAGCACCUACCAAACACUAGAGGACAACCAGUAGGUUCUGGGUGCUGGUGGCCAUGGGGAGGGGGUGCCCUCCCUGCACCCCCGGAGCUUCACCCUUCCCUCGCACCUCCCCGGGGAGAGGAGGGUGGCAUGGUCCCUCUCCCCUGGUUUGCAUGUCGGGUGUUUCCCACCUGGUUUGCUGUUUUCCUGUGAGUUGUUAGUGGUGGAAGGGAAGGGGGUUUCACCCCCCUCGCCCCCUUUUCAGGCACGGAGCCCCUUGGGGGGUGCAGCUGAUGUACAACCCCUUCUGCCACCGGGGCGAGGUGCCUCCCACACCCCCAUUCCCACCACAGCAGAGUGCAGCCCCCCCUCACCCUGAGCAUCCUCGACAGGACAGGAGCUGCAGGGCUCCCAGUUUGGCCCCGGUUAGCACCCAGCAGCCACCUCCCCACCCUCGGCAGCCCCUGCCCCGUUGCCUCUCCAAAGCUCGGGGGCUCACUGGGGCGGGGGAUUCCCCUCUUCUCCUGGUGGUCUCUCUUUUCCCUUCAGCGUUUUGGCUGGAGCACCCACCCCCUUGCCCUGACAGCCCCCCACCCACCCCGACCCCCCAGCCCCCCGUGCCCACCGGAGGAGCGGAGCCAGGCCCUCGCUGUGUGCUUUUGCUGUGCCUCUGUGUUGCUCUGGGGGGGUGUCUGGGGGGGUUCCCCGUCCCCCCACCCCCUUUCUGUGUGUUGUUUUGGGGAGGGGGGUGCGUGUCGUGUGCUGUGGGGUGACGCUUGUAGCUCGGGCUGCCCCCCAUUAAACUCUGCGAGGUGG